GACACGUCCUCCUGCCGGGGCGAAGAGUUGCUGCAUGAAGCGAAGCCGGCCCGGAAUUUCUUUCUAGAAGUAGCCCGUCCUUUUAUCUUUUGGCUUCUAAAAAUAAACCCAGCCAUGAGCAAGUUCCUGACUAAAGCAGGACUUUUGGGUUCGGCGUCAGUGGCCCUCGGCUCCAUGUUGUGGUCACAACAGAAGACCGAAUCAGAACCAGUUGCUUCAAAUUCCCCAUCGUCAGAUCCAAACCUCAGUACUGCCUAUGAGCUCAAACUGGUCCAGGUCUUGUUCCGGCACGGUGCUCGAACGCCUCUGAAGUCAAUACCUGAUGUGCUGGAGGCCCAAUGGGUUCCAUCGCUCCUGGAGCCUCCACCUCACACGCACAUGAACUAUGUGGUGACAGAUCUUCAGGGUGGACCCAGGCCCCCUUCUGUUGUGGAGGACGGCUAUCGGAAGAACAUCCUGAGUGGUGGCUCGUUCCCCGGUCAGCUGACCACGAUGGGCAUGCAGCAGCUGUACGAGCUGGGUGAACGGCUGAGGAAGAGAUACGUUGAGGAGAAACCCUUCCUGAGCAACACCUACAUCCCUACUGAGGUCUAUGUGCGCUCCAGUAACAUAGUAAGGACCAUCGAAUCAGCCAAGUGCCUGCUAGCCGGGCUCUUCCAGCAAAAACAAACAGCAACCGUGUCCAUCCUCACAACAGACGCAGAAUCUGAGAUUCUCUACCCUAACUUCCAUGGAUGCAAGCUGCUCAAAAUUCUCAGCGGCCACCGCUGGGCCGAGUUGUCCACUCUGCCAGGCAUUGCUGCAGACCUGCAACGCAUCCAGAGUGCACUGGGGAUCGCUGCUCACCGGCACGUCGACUUCGUCUUCAUUAGGGAUGACAUGGUUGCCAGAGAGACACAUGGUCUACCCUGUCCUCCGGCGCUGACCUCCUGGAGGAAUAAAGUUGAACAGAGAGCUGUGGACGUGAUGUGCCACAUCUACCAACCCAGCAAAAGGGAGAACUUGCAGCUGUGUGUGGGACCCCUCCUGCAUCAACUGUUGGACAACAUGGAGAAGAAACUGCAGGGCAGCUCCUCAGCAUCAACCAGGAAGUUAUUUCUGUACUCCGUGCAUGACACCACUCUGAUCCCCUGCCUCAUGGCUCUGGGGCUUUUUGACAUGAGAUGGCCACCGUACGCAGCUGACCUGACUCUGGAGUUGCACCAGAAUCGACAAACCAGCGAGCCUUUUGUUAAAGUUACAUAUUUAGGACAAGACCAACUCAUCCCAGGUUGCAGUGGAGUCUACUGCCCCCUGCAGGAGUUCAAACAAGCCCUGUCAGGAUACACACUGACCUCUGACCCCUAUCGGUCGCUCUGUAACAGCACAGGUUUACCCGAACCCUGAAAACCCGUUGACCUCUCUCACACACACACACACACACACACACACACACACACACACACACACACACACACACACACACACACCUAUAAACCACAUCAUAUUUUUUAACUUUUAAAACAUUUUUCUGGUCUCGCUCCAUCCAGCUAGUAUUAUUACAGAAACAUUAACAUGUUAUUUUAAAUUAAUGUAAUCUUUAAUCACAACACACAUAAAAAAGUUUUGCUAGUGUUUACUGUUUACUUCUGUGCACAGGUGUGUUUACCUGCAUAUUUCUAUGCUUUAUUAGGGUUAAAGUUAUUUUAUCUGCAUUUUGCCAACAAAUAAUUAUUUUUAAGCAGGCAAAGUAAAGUGGCAACACAUUAAGAUUUAACUAAUCACCCAAAAUAAAAACAAUGCAUGACUUUCACCUGUAAAGAGACAUUUACAGUAACGGAACGUAUGACUGGUUGCCCCAGAUAAUGUUUAUUUAAAUGAAAGGACGCUUCACCAGUUGGAGACGCUUAUUUAUGAAUGUAAUGUUUUUUUUUUAAGAUUGACCAAAUAAGCCUUUUUAUAAGCAUAUAUGUAUAUUUAGGAUAAGUUGUGGUUUUAAAGAAUGAAGCUUAAUAUAAAAAAAUCCCAGUUUGAACUUUUAAAAAGUUUUCCUGUGAAACUUGUUGCACUUAUACACAAUUUUUUUAAACAUUCUUCCCGAAUGUUUUGAGCCUUUUGAGUGAAUUUAAUGUUAGAGGACUUUAUGCCUAAUCGGGUGGAAAUGUAAAUGCUGUUUAAAAAUGUAUGAAGUUUGAAUAGAUGAGCUAUAAAUGCAGAUUUUAUUCACCA